AAAAUAAUAUGUGAAAACUGAAAAGCUGAAAGCAUUUCCGGUAAAACCUUGCUAUUUGCUUCCGUUUUCAUUAGUGGAGCUUGUUUUAAUCACCGCCACUGCCCGAUUGGUUCAACAACCCGAGGCUAAAGUUGACAACACAACACCGCCCGCGCCGAACAGAUCCCGAGACCCAACCCGAGUGCAUACUCGUUACAAAGCUUGUGUUUGCACGAAUACGUGUAUUAAAAGUGUUGUUAACCAAAACGUAAGCAGUCUUGCGUGUCUUUUAACGUUAAUUGGAAAUGCAAUGCAACGUUUUUCUUAACAGAAGGGAUUUUAAAACGUAAUUAAGUCAUCCAGGGGGGAAAAAAAAGGGACGACGUGUAUACGUUUAUGUUUUUAAUGAGCAUCUGGAGGGAUGAAGAUCACAGACAGCCUGUUGAGGAGCUUUAAAGUUGCCAGGACUUAUCGACUGAAUUCAGACAAAGUUAAUUGUGUGGACUACAGCUCCAAUGGCGAAAAUUUCGUUUCGAGCAGCAACGACGACUGCAUUCUUUUAUUUGACAUCCAGGAGGGGAAGCCGGUCAGUAGUCUGUACAGCAAGAAGUACGGAGUGGACCUCAUCCGCUUCACCCACGGGGAAGCCCAGAAUGUGGUCUUCAGCUCCAACAAACUCGACGACACGAUCAGAUAUCUGUCGCUCACUGACAACAAGUUCAUCCGAUAUUUCCCCGGCCACGCUGCAAGGGUAACUGCGCUCUCCAUGUCUCCGGUGGAUGAGACGUUCAUCUCCAGCUCGUUGGAUAAGACGAUCCGCAUCUGGGAUCUGCGCGCUCCCAACUGUCAAGGUCUGACGGACCCUCUGGGGACACCCGUGUGUUCGUUUGACCCGGAUGGCCUGGUUUUUGCGGCGGGGGUGGAAUCACAGGCCGUCAAACUGUACGACACUCGGGCUUUUGACAAGGGUCCCUUUGCGUGCUUUGACGUCCGAUUAAAUCGGGUCUGCGACUGGACUGGACUGAAGUUCAGUAACGACGGGAAGCUUAUUCUCAUUUGCACCAACGGAGGCGCUGUUCGCAUCCUGAAUGCCUUCAGCGGCUCGGUGCUGCACACCUUUACAGGUUAUAACAACAGUAAAGGCGUCUCCCUGGAAGCCUCCUUCACCCCAGACUCCCAGUUUGUCAUGAUCGGUUCAGAGGACGGAAGAGUUCACGUUUGGAGCACUGAAAGUGGGAUGAAGGUGGCAGUGCUGGACGGCAAACAUCCAGGACCUAUCAACGCUCUGCAGUUCAACCCCAGAUACAUGACGUUUGCCACCGCCUGCGCAAACACGUCUUUUUGGCUGCCGUGCAUUGAUGACUCAUAGAGGGACCACAACACCUUCCCAACCAGCACUGACCAGGGAUAUCUUAAUGUGUUGGACUCUAUUUUGGCACAGUUGCAUACGUGUCACCCAAGAAGUUCAUGCGUAUUCUUAAGCGCUCUUGUUUUUGCACUUAAAUGUGUGUUGUUGUUGUUUUUUUUUGAGGGGUCAGUAUUAGGAAGCUCUUGAAAAAGCUUUCACCACUUUUAAAAAAAAUGUUUUUAAGAAGUGUUUUUAGUUUAUAAACAUUUAUAUCAUGUCUUUGUCACUUCUUGUUCAAUAAACUGUUUUUAUUUGCAUUGUUA